CUACGGAACUCUCCGGGCGCGGUAAGCUCUCUUUUCUUUCUGCGGAAUUCCAUUUGCAUCCCCUCUGCCUGGGUGUCUCCCUCUCUCAGUGUGUGUGUCUCUCUGUUUUCACACUCUCCUCCCCAUUCGAGCGAGGCCCACACCUGGCGCAUCACUGCCGAGCCAUUAGCUGCGGGUCUCCUUUCAUCUUCGCUGUGGCAGACGUUUCUAUUUAUCCACUUGCGCUCGCCGAGUGGCGUCACCAGCGGUACUGUAAUGACGAUUGCAGCAGGAGGAUGACAGCUUAGAAAGAAGAGGGCAAUGGGGCUUCCUCCCAGAGGCGGUGCGGCACAGAGGAGCGCUCGCAUCACAAGGUGACCCUAGCUCCCCAACGCCACCGCCGCGGUCGCCGUCGACAUCGCGCUCCGGCCGCUCCGCGCCCGCCCAGUCCCCGGCCUCUUUUUCUCCCUCUCGCAGCCAAGAUCUAUCCGGCCGCUGGGGACCCGGGGAGCAGGGGGUUAGGAGCUCACUUGGGGCUUUCCCCCGCCCCCCACCGGAGAGCCCCGGGAUGGAGAGCCGAAAGGACAUGGUUAUGUUUCUGGAUGGGGGUCAGAUUGGCACUCUGGUUGGCAAGAGGGUCUCCAAUUUAUCCGAAGCCGUGGGCAGCCCGCUGCCCGAGACGCCCGAGAAGAUGGUGCCCCGUGGUUGCCUGAGCCCGCGGGCCGGCCCUCCGGCCUCCCGGGAGCGCGGCGGGGGAGGCCCGGAGGAGGAGCCGGUCGAUGGACUAGCAGGCAGCGCGGCGGGGCCGGGCACCGAGCCACGGGUAGCCGGGGCGGCCAUGCUCGGCCCGGGACCCCCAGCCUCCUCCGCCGACAGCCUCUCCGGCCAGGGGCAACCCAGUAGCUCGGACACCGAGUCGGAUUUCUAUGAAGAAAUCGAGGUGAGCUGCACCCCGGACUGCGCCACCGGGAACGCCGAGUACCAGCACAGCAAAGGGCCCGGCUCCGAGGCACUGGUCGGCAGCCCGAACGGAGGCAGCGAGGCCCCCAAGAGCAACGGCGGAGGCGGCGGCGGGGGCGGCUCGCAAGGCACCCUGGCCUGCAGCGCCAGUGACCAGAUGCGCCGUUACCGCACCGCCUUUACCCGGGAGCAGAUUGCGCGGCUGGAGAAAGAAUUCUACCGGGAGAACUACGUAUCCAGGCCGCGGAGAUGCGAGCUGGCGGCCGCCCUGAACCUGCCGGAAACCACCAUCAAGGUGUGGUUCCAGAACCGGCGCAUGAAGGACAAGCGGCAGCGGCUGGCCAUGACGUGGCCGCACCCGGCCGACCCCGCCUUCUACACGUACAUGAUGAGCCACGCGGCGGCCGCGGGCGGCCUGCCCUACCCCUUCCCGUCGCACCUGCCCCUGCCCUACUACUCGCCGGUGGGCCUGGGCGCCGCGUCCGCGGCCUCGGCCGCCGCCUCGCCCUUCAGCGGUCCGCUGCGCCCCCUCGACACGUUCCGCGUGCUCUCGCAGCCCUACCCGCGGCCCGAACUGCUGUGCGCCUUCCGCCACCCGCCGCUCUACCCCGGCCCGGCGCACGGACUGGGCGCCUCGGCCGGCGGCCCCUGCUCCUGCCUCGCCUGCCACAGCGGCCCGGCCAACGGGCUUGCGCCCCGGGCCGCCGCCGCCACCUCGGACUUCACCUGUGCCUCCACCUCCCGCUCGGACUCCUUCCUCAGCUUCGCGCCCUCCGUGCUUAGCAAGGCCUCCUCCGUCGCGCUGGACCAGAGGGAGGAGGUGCCCCUCACCAGAUAAGGGGCCGCUCGCGGGCUGUCGGCUCCAGGACGCCCGUGGGGGGCCCGCGGGACUCAGGCAGUGCUCCUCCUCGCCCUCGGGACACCGAGGGGGGAGGAGAGGGCCGAAAAGGACCAGCGGGACUCGGCCUCACGGAUUGGGACGCCCAGGAAGCAGCCAAGGCUGGCGCCUUUGUGGGGCAGACGUGGGGAUGGGGAAGCAGAGGUUGAAAGACCGUCCUCUGGGGUGGCCUCUCUUAGCCAUUCAUUAGGGGACCCACCACCCCUCAAUGGGGUUGAGGCUGUGGCUCCAAAGCUAGACAAAAAUUAGCAACGGCAACCGAUAUCCACAAGCCCUCAGCCCUCCAUCCCCCCACCUCACACUGCUUCCUCCAGAGGCCCCCUCUCCCCUGCCAAGCCCAAGCCCAAGCACUGGAAAGGAAAACUGCUGUCUCUCUGAACAAAAUGCUGUGUAUGCAGAGCAGGUAGAGAUUAAUCUUUGCCAGCCUUCCCCAGGCAUGGCAAGGGGCUUGAGGAUGGCAGCACCAGCCAUUUGAGGGAGAGAGUGAGAGAGAUGAUUUACUACCAGGGAGAAUCCUGCCCCUUGGCAUGGAACCUGGGGGCUCUCUCACCUUCCUGGAGCCUCAAGCACACAGCAUCUUCCGGUUCUGGCACCUACCAGCACAGGAUCUCUUUCCUCAUUCCCAGCUUAUGACACCUCUCAACUCAU